AUGGGGCCCGCAGUGGGUCUUCUCAGCCUUGGUCCUGUGGUGGUGGUGAGGAGCCGGGGGGGGCAUUCCUGUUUUAAUUUCCCAGCCACAAGUCCUGACGUAGGUGACAAUUUCACCGUUCAACAGCCGAUAAUUAGAGCAGGCCAUAUAUCUGGACGUAUCAACUGCGCAGACCGACUCCAGAGCCAGCGUCAUCCAUCAGCUACCUUUUCCUUGGCCUAUCCGUCCAUCUCGCAGGCCUCCCAUGCCUUGCAUGUCGCUAGUUGCAUCUCCCUAUCCCUCCCUGCCCAGCAACUGCCUGCAGGCGUGCGUGGAACCUCAAUGUGCCAAAAGCAAAAACUGGCCGAAGCUCUGGCCACUCCACGCACCAUCCAAUCCCGGUCAGCAAACAAGAGCGCCGACAAGGACGUUAUCCUGGGCGAGCUGAAGGGGGAACGCAAUCCGACUUUUGGCCGCGCCUUGGCUUGUCCUGCAAAACUUACCUGCCUGCUGCUGUCCUACUCUUUUACCAAACUACCCAACGGAGUGCCUGCCUACCCAAACUAACUAUCUGCUCCGAUAGAACGCCAGCGCAUCCUUUCGCCUGGGAAAGCGAGCCAGUAAGCUGGGUGCGAGAAACAGGGAUGAAGCCGAGAUUUGCCAGACCUCAAGCUUGGGGUCGACGGGUCUUACGUGUGCUACAGGUACUCUCACACGAAUGAGAUUCGAUGGAGUUCUCACUUGUUGGCCGGACUCAAUACAA